AAUUGCAUUAAUUGUUAUUGAAAUUGUGCGAAAUUGUCAGCAACAAUGGAAUGGAGUUGGUUAAAGGACUGGUGGCGUUUGAAAAAAUGGAGGAAAAACAGGAAAAUGAGUGAUCAAUCGAUGAUCUGCUACUGUGAUGAGUGUUUGCAGAAUGAAGAUGGCGACUUGGAAUUAUGCGACCCCGUCGACGUGCUAGGCUCCCAAGACAUGGAGGAUGGGGGCAAGGUGGUGAUAGUGGGGGUCUGCGCAAUGGCCAAGAAGUCGCAGAGCAAACCCAUGAAGGAGAUACUCACCAGAUUGCAGGAGUUUGAGUACAUCAAAGUCACAGUAUUUCCAGAAGAAGUCAUACUACAGAAACCGGUGGAAGAAUGGCCGGUGUGCGACUGCCUAAUAUCAUUUCACUCAAAGGGUUUUCCCCUGGACAAAGCCAUAUCCUACGCCCAACUCCACAAUCCCUACGUCAUCAAUAAUCUGCACAUGCAGUACGACAUACAAGACCGCAGAAAAGUGUACGCCCUUUUAGAAGCGGAGGGCAUCGAAAUUCCUAGGUAUGCAGUAUUAGACAGGGAUAGUGCGGAUCCGAAACACCACGAAUUAGUUGAGUCCGAGGACCAUGUCGAAGUCAAUGGGGUGGUGUUCAAUAAACCGUUUGUGGAAAAGCCGGUUUCCGCUGAAGACCACAACAUCUACAUCUAUUAUCCCACAUCCGCUGGCGGGGGGAGUCAAAGGUUAUUUAGAAAGAUCGGUAGCAGGAGCAGCGUUUAUUCGCCGGAGUCCAGAGUACGAAAGACCGGCAGCUUCAUUUACGAAGACUUCAUGCCGACUGAUGGGACUGACGUUAAGGUAUACACAGUGGGUCCGGAUUAUGCUCAUGCGGAGGCACGUAAGUCACCAGCCUUAGAUGGAAAAGUGGAGCGGGACCGGGAGGGUAAAGAGAUACGUUAUCCGGUGAUUCUUAGCAAUGCCGAGAAACUGAUCUCGCGGAAGGUAUGUCUGGCGUUCAAACAAGCUGUUUGUGGUUUUGACUUGCUGCGGGCCAACGGCAAGUCCUUCGUCUGUGACGUCAACGGGUUCAGCUUCGUUAAAAACUCUAACAAGUAUUACGAUGAUUGCGCUAAGAUAUUAGGUAAUAUGAUAUUGAGGGAAUUGGCGCCAACGUUGCACAUUCCCUGGUCGGUGCCUUUUCAAUUGGACGACCCUCCAAUUGUACCCACCACUUUUGGUAAAAUGAUGGAGUUGCGAUGUGUGGUGGGAGUUAUCAGACACGGUGACAGGACGCCUAAGCAAAAGAUGAAGGUGGAAGUUCGUCAUCCGAAAUUCUUUGAAAUAUUUGAAAAAUACGACGGUUACAAGCACGGCCAUGUGAAAUUGAAACGCCCCAAACAGCUGCAGGAGAUUUUGGACAUCGCCAGGGCACUGUUGGCCGAAAUACAACAGCACGAGGCGGAUCCUGAAAUUGAGGAGAAGCAGGGCAAACUCGAACAACUUAAAAGCGUUUUAGAAAUGUACGGACAUUUUUCCGGAAUAAACCGCAAGGUGCAGAUGAAGUACCAACCUAAAGGACGACCUCGAGGUUCAAGUUCCGAUGAUGUAGACAAGCCGGCCGAGCCGUCGCUGGUCCUCAUCCUCAAGUGGGGUGGGGAAUUGACUCCGGCCGGGCGGAUCCAGGCGGAGGAGCUGGGUCGCAUAUUCCGCUGCAUGUAUCCCGGCGGACAAGGUAGACAUUUUGCCGGAGAAUAUGCAGGUGCGCAAGGUUUGGGCCUCUUAAGAUUGCAUUCAACCUUUAGACACGACCUAAAAAUAUAUGCUUCCGAUGAAGGGAGAGUGCAAAUGACUGCUGCGGCAUUUGCAAAAGGUCUCCUGGCUUUGGAGGGCGAACUCACUCCCAUAUUGGUACAAAUGGUUAAAAGUGCCAAUACCAAUGGACUUCUCGACAACGAUUGUGAUAGCAGUAAAUAUCAAAACAUGUGCAAAUCCAGGCUACAUGAACUUAUGCAGUUGGAUAAAGACUUUACUCCCACUGAACGAGAAAAGAUUAAUCCCUGCAACUCCUCCAGCAUAAGUGAUGCGUUGGAUUUUGUUAAAAAUCCUGUAAAAUGUUGCAAACACGUUCACGAAUUGAUUAAGAAUCUUAUGGAAAUAGUGCAGGUUAAAAAAGAAGAUCAAAAAACGAAAGACGCCAUAUUAUAUCAUGGAGAGACUUGGGAGUUGAUGGGUAGAAGAUGGGGUAAAAUAGAAAAGGAUUUCUUCACUAAAAACAAAACCUUCGAUAUUAGUAAAAUACCCGACAUUUACGACUGCAUUAAGUAUGAUUUACAACACAAUCAGCAUACUCUACAAUUCGAACAAGCCGAAGAAUUAUACAUGUAUGCCAAAUAUUUAGCUGACAUCGUUAUACCACAAGAGUACGGCCUGACGGCCCAAGAAAAGCUAACAAUCGGGCAAGGUAUUUGUACUCCGUUGUUGAAAAAAAUAAAAGCCGACCUUCAAAGGAACAUCGAAGAGCUGGGCGAAGAGACAGUGAACCGAUUGAAUCCUCGAUACUCUCACGGCGUCUCGAGCCCUGGAAGGCACGUACGAACUCGUCUUUACUUCACCAGCGAAAGUCACAUACACUCUUUAAUAACCGUUUUGAGGCACGGUGGCCUUUUGGAUAUCAAGAAGGACGAGCAGUGGAGAAGAGCCAUGGAGUACGUCUCGAUGGUCUCUGAGUUGAACUACAUGUCCCAGAUAGUCAUCAUGUUAUACGAAGAUCCAACCAAGGAUCCGUGCAGCGAAGAACGAUUUCACAUCGAAUUACAUUUCAGCCCCGGCGUCAAUUGUUGCGUACAAAAGAAUUUGCCUCCCGGCCCUGGUUUCAGGCCGCAUUCCAGAAACGAAUCUGUUGCUAGUAAAAACCCAAGUUCCAACACAUCGGUAACGGCCACCCCAGACGAGGUGAAGAGCCAGUGUUCACCUAGGAUAGAGGAAGAAGGGGAGAUGUCCCUGGAUGAAGAGAAAUUCUUAGUAGAACCUAAGGAUUCCCCUACAAACUCGGACGGUUCCCCACCUACGUCACCCCAGGCACCGUCCUAUCGACAAUAUUUAAAAACCAGCGAUCCCAUCCCCAUAGGAAGUUCACACACAGUGUGCGGACAUGAAGCUAUGCAUUUAGCGAAGUGUUUGAACGAAGAGCUUGCAAAUCAGAAGGCGGAGGCUGGUAGACGGUCCAAUCGGGCAGUUAGUCCAGAUCCUGAGCCACGUUCGAGGAGUUACGAUCACAAGAGUCCGGCGAAAGGAAAAGAGUCGCCCUCUUCGACCACAGAUCAUUCUCUUACUCCCACCAACACUCCCGUUACCCCUCCCAUUGAAAUACCCGUCCGUACCUUAACGUUUGAGACAAAAGCGGAAUUAAUGAACGAUGAAAACACGUUCUUGCCUAUUGGCUUCGAAAAAGGUGAAUUGAGUCCAAUAGAUGGAUCAUUAGAGAAUCAGAGCGAUACAGAUUCAUGUAACGUUAGAGAUGAGAUUAAAACUGAAAGAAAAAUGGGAGGUUCCAGACCUCAGAGCGCGACCAACGAGUUGCCUCUGACUGAGUUGAAUCUGGCUUUGUUCACGUGCGAGUUUGAAACCAAAAGCUUUAGCAAAAUGAGCACGAACGAAUUGCCAUUGUCUGAUAUAAGGUUCGGGCCUAAGGGCUUGUGCAAACAGGGAACCAUUGACAGUCAAAACGAUGACGUUUCAAUGGAAGUAAACUGGGAGACAGAUGUUAAAGAGAUUGAGGAUAGGCAGCCAAAGAGGCUGAAGGAUAAAAUUCAGCAGAGAUCGUUCUCCGAUCCGAACAUCCUCGAUAAAGAUUGGAUGAGCUUGUCGAAUAAGAGUUUCCUUUUGGAAAAGUACAGUCAGAGCUUGCUUCACAAUAGUGCCAGUAGAGAAAGUAGUUGCAAUAGGUCGCCGAACAGCCUCAGUCCCAUAGAGCCGCCACAUUUCCCACACAGCUUUUACCCUUCCGAGCAUGGUCCCCCCGUUCCGGAUCAGUGUUGUACGCUUUGUUCAUCCGCCCCCACGUCCAACCUGCUUUCGUUCUUCACGGCGGCGCCGGGGGCGUGUUGCGAGACGGUGCAGCUGAUGCGCCCGCCCGGCGUCGCGGCUCGCUCUCUCUCACACCCCCCGGUACUCGUGACCGCCUCCUCUGCCCACCCUUACCAAAACUACCACCCUUGCAUGUCCGAUGUAGAGUGCGGAGGGGGCAGCGCAGCAGCCACAGGUCGGCGCCAUCGACACAGUAUUGCCGGACAGAUGAGCUAUUUCAAGAUGCUAGGUUUCGGUUGCGGAGGUCCGCUAGGUAUCAAGAAACUCAUCGGCGGCAGCACCAAUUCACUGUUCUCGACGGCCGUGAUUUCGGGGAGCAGCAGCGCACCCAACCUCAGGGAUAUGAUCACCAGCACGGCUAGUGCAUCUGCAAUUGAAGGUUUUGGAGGAGUGCCGCCGAUAAGGCCUCUGGAGACGCUGCACAACGCGCUGUCGCUCCGUCAGAUCGACGCGUUUCUCGACCACAUGACGGCCGCACCGUUGUUCAGAACGCCGUCGUCGACGCCACCCAAGUACCCGUCGACGCCGCUGCCCACUCCCACCCAAUGUUCAUCCGGAUUGUCGUCCUCCAGCUCGCAAAAAUUGCAAUCGCCCAGUAACAGCGUGGGUUGGAGCGGACCUCCUAGUUUUGUUUCUAAUAGCGGCCCCUCAUCACCAGGAUAUUCUGAAACUAAUUCGAAAGAGAGCAGCGAGAUGUCGUCGAGCGUUAUUAGCGGAGAUGGGUUGACAAUGGACAAAAUAACUAGUAUCUUCCCAACCGCACCUGGCCUGGAUCAAGAUCUGGGAAGUGUUGGAGGAAUGUUAUUAGACAUGGACAGAGAAAUAUCGGGCUCCAUGGAGUUUUCCGAAUAUUAUGCCAGUAUUCAUAAGCCCUUGUAUAGAGGUGAGAGUGGUGAUGUGACACCUAUUUCAGGAGGUUCAGAGGUGGAGUUCAAUACAAACGACGCUACGGCUGGUUCUACUGCCGACUAUGAUGUCACCGUGACGGAAGAAAUGGAGCAGUCUUUCGCAAUGGGAGAUGACGAAACCUUUGACAUACCAGAUAGUCAAGAGUGUAGCGGUUAUCCAGAAAAUAAUCAAGUCGUAAUGACGAACUGCCCAAAGGCUAUCAUGAAUAUUUGCGUGAACGCGUUGCAAAAUGAUAAAUUGUCAAAGAAUGCUGAGCAAUCUGAUAAAUUAUUAGCCUCGAACAAUUUGUUGGGCCAGUUGGAUUUAAAAAAGUGUGCCAUUUAUGACAAGGACGUUAAAAAUUUAGCGUCUUUGGGAUCAGAUAAAUGGAGCACUAGCAAGGAACGGUUUUUGGAAGGAAAGAAAAUUAAUUAUGUAAAGGCAGACAACGUCGACUACGGUAAAAAUCUUAACAUAGGUGCUGAGAAAAAGGUGGAUAAGGAUAACAAAGAUUUCAAUUUACUCAAACAGAAUCCUGGUACAGUAUUAAUUAAAGAAGGUUUUAUUGAACCGCCCAGAAUGUCAAGAAUUUCCAGGAGUUUUCAUGGAAAGUCUCCCACUAGCAAUAGCUAUUUAGACAUAUCUAACAAUUCACCCAGAAGAGCAAGUGAUAGCGUUUCUAUGACUAACUGCAAUGCAAAUCCUGGUAAUGCUCUUAGUAAAAUUGAACCGAAACCACAAAGGCCAGUAUUUACAAGUCAGCUCUCGCAACCAUGUGGAAGUACAAAUCCAAACAAGGGUACUAGUUUCCGUAAAACAUCUUUAACGGAUGGUCUGCCUAAACAUCCAAGAUUUACUACAGUUAGAGUUGACGAAGCUGAACAUGCAGCCAGUAUGGGUCUUUUCAUGAAGGCCAGGGACACCGAAAGCGAAGAUUCUCUUCAAAAUUAACAUGUAACGAACUUACACAUUAUUACUUAAUUGAUAUACAUUUGGAGUUAUUAAAAUUAAAUCUGUCCGUAGAAAUUAAUAUUUACGAAAUAUACAAGUAUUAUAAUAUACAUGGAUAAUUAAAUCAUUGUUCCUUGACAGCUGUCGAACAGUAUUUUUGUAAAUGAUUAAUAAAAGUUGUUCAGAGAAUAAAAA